CUGUAGUCGGUAUCUCACGUCACUCUUCUCAUAUGAUUAGAGUGAUAUCGUGAACUACUAUCGCGAGUGUUUCGCUCAGUAGUCGAUCUACACAUGGUGUUGUUGUAUGGGCAAGCCACAUACAUUCACAAUGUUACGAACGAGCGAGCGAGAGUAUGGCCUGCUGGUUGAACGUUCGCUCGUAGCCAGCAUGCGUGAUUUGAUUGUUUCCUAAUUUGGCCGUCUCGAAGAUAUUUUUUGUUUGCCUUUUACCGCUCUCACUGUUGCGUGUUUUGUUUACCUUCCUUCGCCUGAAACUGCAUUCAUUUGUUCUGGUGCAAAAAAAAAAAUUGCCCUUGUCGACCGUACGUAGCACAGAAAAUAGAUUAGAAUGUGGCACAUGUAAAAAAUCAUGCGAAUUUUCCUGGAAGUAAAGAAUGAGAAACCUUGUCUAUUUGAAACUGGAUAAGUAACCAUUGAAAUCAGUUUGACGAAAUUUUCAUCGCGUUGGAUGACAGACUAGACAGAUCGCAAUGGAAAUUCAAAUUACUCAUCGCUUAGGAUUGUGAUUAUGCGCAAUUCGGGGGCGUACGUUCGGCAACCAACCGAGUCGAUUCUCAAUUUCCCUUACAUAGCAAAGUGUGUGAUUAACUGCAUCCUUACGAUAAUCGAAUCGGUCUCUUGAUCUGAUCUGUCAUACUCGGCAUAGUAGCGAGCGGAUUGCGGCGUCCUUCACGACACAAGCUGUGCAGAAGACGAUGAAAAUGCGAAAGUGAACAAAAGUUUGAGUGAAAGUCACUCUGCCUGCAAAGGUACCGCCCUGAUGCUGGGUUCGAACGAUCGUCUUCGCACUACCGGCGAGGACCAACAGCAACUCUCUGUGCAAUGUGCCGCCGCAACUGCCACCGUUACUGAUGCGACGACAGCUUCGUCUGUUCAGCAACAUUAUCCAGCAUACCCGACAACGCCGACAACCUCGGCCGCGACGACAAGCCGGAAUCCACGUUCCCGCUCACACAGUGCAGAUGAGCGAGAAUCGGUUGCCUCAUCCACCAGUACAUCGUCCUCGGCCUCAUCAACCGGUAGUGACAUCCAGCAGCAUUUGCAAUCGAUGUUCUAUCUGCUGCGGCCAGAGGAAACACUCAAGAUGGCCGUUAAACUCGAAUCGUUACGCCCUGGUCGGACCCGUUAUCUGGUUGUGGUGUCGCGUCCACCGGCCCGACCAAGUCGCCAGCAGCAGACGUUACUGCUGCAACAGCAACUCCAUCAGGCAACCUGCGGUUCCUCCUGGCUGAUGUCGGCCUGUUCGACGCCAGCAUCCGUUUCCCCAGCACCAUCGGUCGCUUCCAUGAGCAAACAGAUUACUUCCGCCUCUCUGUACAAGGCCGCAUCGCCUUCCACCAGUACUAGUGUCAUUGCCGGCUACGGUGGCAUCGGAGACGAAACGUUCGUGUCCAACUUAGAUAACUGUGUUCUUAGUACUUCUUUGAAGGCGACUUCGGUCAAUGCGGCCUCUAACAAUAACAAAAGUGUCGAUAAAUGUGAUAGUAAUAGAACUAGUAGUUGUAGUACCGGUAGCGUAGUUAGUGCUAAGCCUCCAGUGGCCGCUGCGACGGCGGCAGUAGUAGCAACGACGGCUUCCAUGACCUCGACAGCAGUCCUUAGCAAAAGUACCAGUGGGUUCGUUAGUGUGACUAGCAGUUGUACUGCCGGUGGCAUGAACCGAGUGAUUAGUAGCUCGGCCAGUCUCGGUAGUGGAAGCAGCAGCACCAGUAGCAUCUCCGGUAGCAGUAAGAAUCAAAACUUUCACACCGGCGGGUGCGGUGAGAUCGAGGAAUCCUGUCUGCUCGGCAUCGACUGCAAUGAGAGAACGACGGUCGGAUUAGUGCUGCGAGUACUGGCCGACACCGCUAUACGACUGGAUGGAGAUGGAGGAUUCAGUGUGAGCUCGUGUGGAAUGCAGCACAUCUUUAAACCGGUUUCUGUCCAAGCGAUGUGGUCGGCCCUGCAAACCCUGCACAAAGUGUCCUCGAAAGCACGCGAGCAGAACUUCUUCGCCGGAGGUUCAUCCCACGAAUGGGUAUCGUACUAUGAGAGCCACAUCGAUUCGGAUCGAUCGUGUUUGAACGAGUGGCACGCAAUGGACUCGCUCGAAAGCCGUCGUCCACCAUCUCCGGACUCGGUGCGUAACAAACCAACGAAACGGGAGGAAACGGAAUGUGUUAUUCGGACGGCACUGAAGGAAAUCAUGAUGUCGGUUGAUCUUGACGUGGUUACCUCCAAGUUCAUUCGGGGUCGAUUGGAGGAACAUCUGGAUAUGGAUCUCAACGAGUACAAAUCCUUUAUCGACGAAGAAAUGCUGGUAAUACUGGGCCAGAUGGAUGCACCGACGGAAAUUUUCGAACAUGUUUAUCUUGGAUCCGAGUGGAAUGCCAGCAAUCUCGAAGAACUGCAACGAAAUGGGGUCCGCCAUAUACUGAAUGUGACACGCGAGAUCGAUAACUUCUUUCCGGGAACAUUCGACUAUUUCAACGUGCGAGUGUACGACGAUGAGAAGACCGAUCUGCUAAAGCACUGGGACAACACGUUCAAGUACAUUUCCCGUGCCAGGAUGGAGGGCUCGAAGGUGCUGGUGCACUGCAAAAUGGGAAUCUCCCGGUCGGCGUCGGUCGUGAUUGCGUACGCUAUGAAGGCUAACAAUUGGGACUUCGAUCAGGCGCUGCGACAUGUCAAGGAAAAACGUAGUUGCAUUAAACCGAACAAAAACUUCAUCAUGCAACUGGAAACGUACCAAGGAAUGCUGGACGCGAUGAAGAACCGAGAGAAGCUACAACGAAGUAAAAGUGAAACUAAUCUGAAAAGUGGAAGCAGCGGGAUGAAGGAUGCCCGCUUGCUACCGGGAAGUGAACCAACUCCGUUGAUACAAGCACUGAACCGGGGUAGCAAUACGAACACCCUGAACAAAAGUGGUCGGUUUUUAAGGAAGCUUGGUAAACGACCGAAAAGUUGGUCACCGGAUACGGAGAAGGCCGUACUACUGUUGGAGGCAAGCCGGCAACAGUCACACUCGUUGGAGCAUUUAAUGGUACCGCAAAAUGAAGCCAAAACCAUUCGGAUGCCCUGCGGCAAUGGACAGAACUACAGUGUAUCGCAAAAUCAGAUUGUCCAUCUACAGGAAGGGGGAACGGCGGGAGUACAGGAAGAAACGUCAUCAGUGCCAUCAGCCUUAUCCGCGUCCUCUGUUCGAUCCAUAAUCAGUGAGCUGGAGUCAAACAAAGCCAAAGAGACCAGCAGCAAUCACAAACGGAAAGGUUCCGCUUCGUCAGUGGCAUCGGCAACCGGGCUGAGUUUGGCACCGUCCCUUGAAACGGACGAAGAUAACAAGGAUCAUCUAUGGGAUCCGGGGGAGGUUAGAACAGUACUGCCGGUGAGUACUGCUCAAGAUAGUGAUACUGCAGCGUUAGCUCAACCGGUCGUCUGCUGGACCAGUCAAAGUCAGAUCAUUCAGCAGUCUUCGGUACAGUCAGUCGCCGCCAGUCAACCACAGCCGCAACCGGCACAGCACGUGUCUCGACAGAGUUCCUGGUCCAGUGUGGAUUCCGCCGUCGUAGCUGACAUGAUACGGGGUACGUUUUCUAGUGCUUCGAGAAAUUCCAGCUGGGGUUCGGGUGAUAAUCAGGGGCAAAGGAUGGUGCCGGCGCCACCCUCACGGAACAGCAGCUGGGGUUCGUACGAUACGAGCACUGCCAGUAGUAUUCAAACCGUGGUGGAAGUUCCUGUCGAUCCCAGUGCCGACGGAACGGAUGAAGAUCUCAGCCAUAGUGGGAUUUUCCCGUAUGACAAAGACGAAAUUCCGUGGCAUCCGGGGACGGUCAAACGGACGAAGCAGAAAAUCGAAGAACGUUCCUCUUCGUCGAUCAAACGCAUUUGUAGUGAAAAGUUUGGACACCAGCAUCCUAAAAUUGACGAAAGUAGGGGGACAAACUCCCAGCAACGUUCCAACAGUGAGGAAGUGCUACCGUCGAAUCGAUCUGCGACGAGUAUGGGCUCGAGUACCUACACGAGACUGUCCGCGUCGGCACCCGGUUCGUACUGUUUGAGUCCAUUCGGUAGCAAAAGGCCCGAAGAGGAACAGACCUCUUCGAAAAGCCAUCACCGUCGUUUCAGUUUCCGCAAGUACACCCCGGACGAACAGAAAAAGAACGACGAAAACACUGCCGUCAGUGUCAGUGGAAUCGUGAAAAAUCUGAAGAUGAGUUUUGAAGCUAAAGUGAACGAUCGGAGCAAGAAGGAACAGAAAAAGGGUCGCUCUCUGCCAUCAUCUCCAGUUGCCAUACAUAUAGAGCUGAGUAAGCAGCAGCAGCAGCACGGUCAGAGUGCGAAACAACAUCAACAACAGCAAGAGGACAUAACGGUUCGUGAUCUAGUGGAUCGUUAUGAGGCGCCUCGAUGUCGAGCAUCGUUUAACACGCACCACCGCCACAACAGCAGCUGCGCCUCGACAAACACCGAUCAGGUGGUCCUCCGACAGCGGCCACGUUCCGUUUUCGAACCGCUCAAGUAUGCACAAAAUCAGCAGAAACCGCUGAUGAUAUCACACUCGACGACGCUUCUCAAAACAUCAACGGACGAUUUCAGUCGACCACCGCCGAUUCCGCCGGCCGUAGUCAGCGGUGGUGGACCAUUUGUACGUGGUAUCAUCAUCGGCAGUGCCGCCUCGAAUACCAGCCAACAAGCACCACCUGUGGUUAGUGGGAGUGGUGGUACUUGCUCCGGGCCGGGUGCCGGAACCGGUACGAAAAAAGUUAUUCAACACCACGGCAAAACGCACCCACUGGCCAAAAUCAAUCUGACCAAACAUCGGAUUAAUGCGACCUCCACGACGGCAACCGCCGCGUACAACACGAUGUGAGAACACGACGAACACGUCCGGAAUGGCCGUUUGGUUGUUGUUUGUCUUAAGGAAAUUCCAAUCGGAUGUUGGCAAUGGAGUUUCUGUUUUUUUAAUUUUAUUUUGGGUGGCGUAUUUUGCCGAGGAGUGGAAAUUAACACUGAAAAAUACUACCGACAACCACACGGUGACCUCUUUUGAGGGACCGAUUGCAGUAUUACUCGAAGAAUCAGUUGUUUGUCCUACCAAUAAUUGUAAUUCAUAUUCUUUCAUGUAGCCUGUACUGAUUAAACCUCAUGUUUGUGCGUGUUACAAUUUACUUGCUUCACCACCACCCCUCCCGGUGAAUGUAUGGCAUUUGGCUAAGAGAUUCCUCGUGUUUGAUUGCUAUUCAAAAUUGGUCCUUUCGAAAUUAUGCUCCUGUUUGUGCGACUCAACUUGUCCAUUCGAGGAUGAAGACUGAAAAACUUGAUCCAUCAGCCAUAUUUGCUGAACUGUGUUUAAUUGGACUCCUCUUUUUCUAGCAUCUACAAGGUAAACGCUGAAUGCCAUACAAACAAUGGCCCUUAUUACCGUUCUCACUUCCACUUUCACAUUCACUUCACUUACAUGUCAAUUCACUUGAUUUUCCCUAUUACCAGUAUCACGCAUAGUGAAGUGAUCACUGUAGUGGAAAAAACUUAUUUUUUCAACAAAAUGUUGGUGACGUGAUGUUCAUAAUGACAUCUAGUGCAUCCAAGUAAUUACUUUUGUCUUUGAAGCGACUUCCGUAAUAAAGAUUUAAAUUCACUUCACUCGAUUUUCACCGUGAAGUGAUACUGAUAAUCACCCCGAUUCUGCAAUCCGACGGAUUUGUGAUACGAACGAUUCUACACUUUCGUUCGAGUUCGAAUUUUGCAUUCUUUAUUUCGUUCGACUUGUAUGAUUCGAUCGACUCUCGUUCGGGAACACUUGAAAUUUCGAACACUAACCAUGAAAGCUGUCAACACUACUUACACGUUCUAUAUUAUUUAUAUUAUUCAUUUCUUACUAAACAAAACCGUCACACUUGUAUCAACAAAUUGGAACGAUUCUAAACCGAACAGAAGUAAUACGUACGCAAGUCGAUCGAGUAAUGUUCGAAAAUUUAACAACUCGAACGAAUGAUAGUCGAGUUCAUACCCAACUCGAACGGAAUGCAGAAUGGAAAUUGCACAUUCGAUCGGAAUAUUUCAAAUCGAUCGACGUACAGAAUAGGGGUGAAUAAGGGUCACAAUCACUUCACUUGGUUUUCACCGUGUAGUGAUACCGGUAAUAAGGGCCAAUGUUCGUAGAAUUUGGAGAAGCACGCUUUCUUCGGUAUGGCUGCUUGAAUCAUCACACUCCCCCAUCCACUUUGUUGGGGAUUGCAUUUUAAUCCGAGACUCUCUGUUCGCCACGCUAUGCCGCCGUGUGGCGUACGAUCGAUUCAUUGUUAUUUUUUGUUUUCGACUCACCUCAAUCGACAAACGCAAGGCAGAACCGUGGCCACGCUUUUCUUCAAUGUGUUUGUGACUGCGCUAGAGCGUGCUGAUUUGUUGCACCAGCGACAAACAAAAAAUCAUUUUGUAAAUAGGUACAUAAAACAAACAAUAUACAAACUACUAGUGUGUAAGAUCCCGAACCCUGUCCCUCCAAGUAUCCUCGGGCGCAAACUGGAACAAAUAAGCUAUGUAAAAUGAAUGACCCUUUGUUGGUUAGUAGUUACACUUUAUAUAGGGCUGAUAUCGAAAGCUGUGUUAGUGUCGUGACCUUCCAGCCUAUCAACGCUCUCAUGUUGCAUCCAAUAAAAAAUAAAUAAAAACGCUUGGCGAAUCCUGGUGAUUUCAGCUUUUCUUUGAUUGUUUGUUUGUUUUCCUUCAACUCCUUCGCCAGACACAGACAAUAGUUUUUUACUUAAUAUACUUGUUUUUCUACUGAAAACAACAAGCAGCAGCACUAAGCGAAACUAUAAACUACUACUAUCACAGCUGUACUGUGAGCAGACAAGCAAAAGCACUAUUAUAGGCAUAACCGCAGAAGCAAAACAGGCAAACGCGCAUAGUAAACAAUAUUCAAAUAAUUGUUCGAAUAUUUUACGUGGUUUUAUAAGCUUUUAAACUGAAGAAGAUGAAAAGGAACAGAAACUGUAACGGCACAUGUUUGCCAAGCAACAACAGCUUAGGGAGUGAUUGCGAGAGAAAGAAAUGCUGAUCUUACAGGAAAAAGCGAGAAUUUGUAUUUAAAUAGAAAACCAUACGGUGAAAAAAAAUUAA